GGCAUUCCUAAUGAAAGUUGGAGAAUGACUAGCAUCAAUGAGCAGUAUGAGCUUUGUGAUACCUAUCCUGCCCUUCUGGUAGUUCCAGCCAAUAUUCCAGAUGAGGAGUUGAAGAAAGUGGCUGCGUUCCGGUCAAGGGGCCGUAUCCCUGUUCUGUCAUGGGUUCAUCCAGAAAGCCAAGCCACCAUCACUCGCUGCAGCCAGCCAAUGGUUGGAGUCAGUGGCAAGAGGAGCAAAGAGGAUGAAAAGUAUCUUCAGGCUAUCAUGGAUUCCAAUGCCCAGUCCCACAAAAUACUCAUCUUUGAUGCCAGGCCAAGUGUGAACGCCGUAGCUAAUAAG